AUGACUGUCUGGGAUCCAGAUUCCAACAGUUUACCAAAGCUAGAAGAAUUGCCAGCCAUCGAGGGCGCUCCCCAUUAUGCAGCUUGGUUCUGGGGCAAGGACGAUGAGGCAAGCUCAACCUCGCAGCCAACUUGCAUCCAGACUGCUAACAGCAAUGUUCAGCUGGGUCGACUGAAUCUCCUCACGCCAAAGAGAAUCGCCAAAGCUGCGUCUCUGAUCCAAACUGGCGAAUCUGCGGGCUUGAAUUUCCCCGCAGGGUUACCCUAUCCUACAUUUUUUGGACGUGAACCCUUCAAGCACACGCUCAAGCAAGUGAAUCCAAGAGCUUAUGACGAUCUGUAUUCCUUGAACACGCAAAGCAGUUCGCAGUGGGAUGGAUUUCGCCAUGUUGGACAUGAUCUCGGCGGAGGCUAUAUCUGGUACAAUCACACCACUCGAGAACAAAUAACAAACUCAAGCAAAAAUGGCAUCCACGCCUGGUCCAAGAAAGGAAUUGUUGGACGAGGCGUCUUGCUCGACUUCUACUCCUUCUCUGGACAGUCCUACCAUCCUUUCGAUCAUCGACACAUCUCAGCGCAGGAACUCAAAGCUUGUGCCAAAGCCCAAAAUGUCACGUUCGAAUACGGCGAUGUCCUGAUCGUCCGCACUGGUUGGUCUGAUGCCUACAAGAUGCUGGAUCAAAAGGGGCGAGAAGAGCUCGGAGCAAAAGGCUAUCUGGAGAUCACCUUCGCAGGGCUGGACCGUUCGAGAGAAACGAUAGAGAUGCUACACGACAACUAUUUCAGUGCUGUUGCCAGCGAUGCUCCAGCUUUUGAAUCCUGGCCUAUGGACGACCCAGAGCACUUGCACCAUUUCUUGCUCCCACUUUGGGGUGUUCCGAUCGGUGAAAUGUGGGAUCUGGAUCGACUCGCUGAGCUGUGUAAGAAACACAACAGAUACACAUUUUUCCUCACCAGCAGUCCGGCGAACGUUGAAGGAGGCGUUGGUAGCUCCCCGAAUGCCAUCGCCAUAUUUUGA